AGCGCGCCCCGCCCCCGCCGCCAGAGCCGCUGCUGCUACCGCGGCGGGCGAACCUGCAGGAGGCGGCGGCGGUGGCGGCGGCGGCGCCGAGGCCGAGGGAAGAUGGCGGACGGCGUGGACCACAUAGACAUUUACGCGGAUGUGGGCGAAGAGUUCAACCAGGAAGCUGAAUAUGGUGGACAUGAUCAGAUAGAUUUGUAUGAUGAUGUCAUAUCUCCAUCUGCAAAUAAUGGAGAUGCUCCAGAAGACCGAGACUAUUUGGAUGCUCUCCCUCCAACUGUUGGUGACGACGUGGGUAAAGGAGCUGCACCGAAUGUUGUCUAUACAUAUACUGGAAAAAGAAUUGCAUUAUAUAUCGGAAAUCUAACAUGGUGGACAACAGAUGAAGAUUUAACUGAAGCAGUUCAUUCUUUGGGAGUAAAUGAUAUUUUGGAGAUAAAAUUUUUUGAAAACCGGGCAAAUGGACAGUCAAAGGGGUUUGCCCUUGUUGGUGUAGGAUCUGAAGCUUCCUCUAAAAAGUUAAUGGAUCUGUUGCCUAAAAGAGAACUUCAUGGUCAGAAUCCUGUUGUGACUCCAUGCAAUAAGCAGUUCCUGAGUCAGUUUGAAAUGCAGUCCAGGAAAACUACACAAUCAGGACAAAUGUCUGGGGAAGGUAAAGCUGGUCCUCCAGGAGGCAGUUCACGCGCAGCAUUUCCACAAGGUGGUAGAGGACGGGGCCGAUUUCCAGGGGCUGUUCCCGGUGGGGACAGAUUUCCUGGGCCAGCAGGACCAGGAGGGCCACCCCCACCUUUUCCAGGAAAUUUGAUCAAGCAUCUUGUUAAAGGAACUCGGCCUUUGUUCCUGGAAACUAGGAUUCCAUGGCAUAUGGGGCACAGCAUAGAGGAAAUACCCAUUUUUGGCCUAAAAGCUGGACAGACUCCACCACGUCCACCCUUAGGUCCUCCAGGCCCCCCUGGUCCACCAGGUCCUCCACCUCCUGGUCAGGUUCUGCCUCCACCUUUAGCUGGGCCUCCUAAUCGAGGAGAUCGCCCUCCACCACCAGUUCUUUUUCCUGGACAACCUUUUGGGCAACCUCCAUUGGGUCCGCUUCCUCCUGGUCCUCCACCUCCAGUUCCAGGCUACGGUCCCCCUCCUGGUCCACCACCUCCACAACAGGGACCACCUCCACCUCCAGGCCCAUUUCCACCUCGCCCACCUGGUCCUCUAGGGCCACCCCUUACACUUGCUCCUCCUCCACAUCUUCCUGGACCACCUCCAGGUGCCCCGCCACCAGCUCCACAUGUGAAUCCAGCUUUCUUUCCUCCACCAACUAAUAGCGGCAUGCCUACAUCAGAUAGUCGUGGACCACCUCCAACAGAUCCAUAUGGCCGACCUCCACCAUAUGAUAGGGGUGACUAUGGCCCUCCUGGAAGGGAAAUGGAUACUGCAAGAACACCACUGAGUGAAGCUGAGUUUGAAGAAAUCAUGAAUAGAAACAGAGCAAUCUCAAGCAGUGCUAUUUCAAGAGCUGUGUCUGAUGCCAGUGCUGGUGAUUAUGGGAGUGCUAUUGAGACAUUGGUAACUGCAAUUUCUUUAAUUAAACAGUCCAAAGUAUCAGCUGAUGAUCGUUGCAAAGUGCUCAUUAGCUCUUUGCAAGACUGCCUUCAUGGAAUUGAAUCCAAGUCUUAUGGUUCUGGAUCAAGACGUGAACGAUCAAGAGAGAGGGACCACAGUAGAUCACGAGAAAAGAGCCGGCGACAUAAAUCCCGUAGUAGAGAUCGUCACGAUGAUUAUUAUAGAGAGAGAAGCAGAGAACGAGAGAGACAUCGGGACCGGGACCGAGACAGAGACCGAGAACGUGACCGAGAACGCGAGUAUCGUCAUCGUUAGAAGCUGAAGGAAGAGGAACACCUUCCAAGACAAAACAGUCUUCAUGAGGGAAAAUGACGCUUGUCCAGCAGUUUGCUUCUGUGACUGAACUGAACCUGUAAGGAUUCAUGGAUAAAAUGAACAGGAAUAGAUCUGAAUAAAGCAAAUCUGCAUAAAUGGUAACCAGUAGCUCUACUUUUAUUUUUAUGUUGCUUAACUGUUUUAUUUGAAGGAAACCUGUGUGAUUUAAAAAGUUCUAGCUUUUGCAACUUUAUUACUGGUUAUAUACAUUUGGCCAUUAUAAUGUGCAAGCAAUUGAUAAAACGUCAAGUAAAUGCCUGUUUUCAUAGUAGUUUGUUCUUGUUAAAAAUGUUCAAAUGAUGUCUGUAAACAGCACCGCUUUGAUUACAAUAGAUGUAGUGUUGUAAUAAACUGUUUAAUGGGGCUGAUGUGUAAAGCUGUUCAAGUUAUUUGAUGUUUACACCUCAGGGAAAGUCUUGUGUUCAGCAAUAUCUAAAGAUAAUGUUACUAUGACAUUUAUACUGUCCUUUAAAGAAAAACAUUGCAAUAGCGUUUGGGGAAAUGCAUCAAUCUAAUCUUGCGUUCAGUGAAUUAAACUUACUAAUUAAGUGUCUCUUGCCCUUGAUUUUGAUAAUAGUCUAGGCAGUUACAUAGAUAUUUAAUAUUUCUACAUUCUGCUUUUCUAGCUGUUUUUACCUAGUUAGCUUGUGACUUUGCCGAAUGGUAUGUAAACUUGUAAAAUCUGAAAUUUCAUGGACAUAGCUGUCCAGUCAAUGUAUAUGGAUAGAUAAAGAAAAUUGGUUCUAACAUUUUGAUAAUUACCCUACAUUAUUUGCUAUACUGCUGCAGCUUAAUUACAACACACGUACUGAAAUGCUUAACUGUAAAUUGCUAGCAUUGAAAAAAUAUUUUGACAAUUCUGAUUUGUUACAGCAUUAAUUUGCUGCUUUAUAUCGGUAAGCUUAUGGUUUCUUUUUGAAGCCACGGGCAGUGUAAAUACAGCCACGCAGAGACGUGUGAGUAAAGACAACCUUAGUUUUCCAGUUACUAUAGAUUUUUGAAGGGUAUGAUUUAUUAUUACAAACAUUGGUUGUAUUCUCCUGUUUUGUAAAGUGGGAGAUUAGAGUUGUAUCCUAUCUUCAGUUUAAGGAAGUCUAUGUAUAUUUAUGCAGCGUGUUGGCUCAAUGCUAGUGUGACUUAGUUAAUCAAAGAUUUGUUUAAAUCUUGCAGUGCAUAUAGGCUCACAUUAAAAGUUACUCAUCUAGCAUGUGUUUUUAAUUGCAAAGCUAGGCAUUGUCAGAGCCUGAUUAGACAUAGACAAUCGUUUUGAAUCAUUCCUUUGGAAAUUUGAGUUAAACUCUUUAAGAAAGCUAAUUUGUUUUUGAGAUGCUUAUCUUCAAGAAGUCUUCUAAUAAUGCACAUUUGUAUUAGAACAGUAUAGCCAAAUUCGAGGACAACAAUUAAGGUAUUUAGAUAACCUAAAUACUAGGUAGUGUGCGACUACAGGAGCCUCCAGAAGUUUAUGCUGCAGUAUUUGCUUUCAUCUUGUUCACAGUCUCACUAUUUUGUACAAAAUUAAUUGUUUCAUAUUAAUUCAUAUUGCCAGUUUUAUUCCAAUUUUUUGCAAAUAGUGUGUGCAUAGAGAUCAUUGAUGUUUUCCAGAAUGAUUUGCUUUCAAAAAUGAUUUUUUAAAACUAUCUUUUUGAAAAUGCAGUUUUUUUUAACAUUGGAGAAUUGUAUCAAAAUCGAUUUUUCUUGUGUGUUGUAUAGUGUUAGUUUUGUUUUGUUUUUUUUUGCAUUCUUUUGUAAAUAUUUUAAUGCUUUAAUGUAAAGAACUGUGGACAUAAAUCUAUUCCAAGGGAAAUUAGUUAAUAGUAAGAUUACAAGGUAAGUAAAUGUCCACAAGAAAAAAAUUUUCUCCGGACAAUUUAAAAAUGAAAUCAUAAAAAUCUCACUGUGCACAAACUGGAAAUUUUGUACUAAUUAAAUUCUUAGUUGACCUUUUCAUCUUCUUAUCAGUGGAACCCUUAAAUUACUCAUCUCUGUCACUCUUCUCCCUACUUGGCAGAUAUCAUAAUGUGGCUCUUGUUGCAGACAAUGUGAGUUUAUUAGAAUUAUUUGCUGCUAAUACACUAAGUGUUGUCAGAGGGAACUUUUUGUUUUAACCAGUCAACUUUUGCAAACUCUUUCUCUACCUGAUAACACAUGAAUGUAUAGCAGUAAAAGUGAAAAUCUCAAGUUUUAUUUCAUUCUUCAGACCUCUGUUUAUGGGCUGAUAUCUAAAUUUUUUUUCUUUGAAUUUUUUUUUGUUUGUUUUUUAAUUUUUAAUUCGUUAAAAAAAAAUCCAAAGAGAUAUAUCUUCCACACCCCCAACAAAAAAAAAAAAGUCCCAGAGAUCUUUUAAUUUAUUACUAAUAAUUGUAAUGAUUAUUAAAGCAAACUUGAGUUUUCAUUUUAAACCAUACUCUUAUUAGUGCUAUGCAGUCACAUUCCUUUCAGCCAUUAAAAUUAUAAAUGAGUGAUAUAGCACCUGAAAUGUAUUGCUUCUGAGGCAACACUUUAAAUUGAAUAUGCUGCUUUUAGUUAGAGGAGUAUAUAUAUUUUGUGGAAAUGAUACUCCAUUAUAUAUUUGGAAGUGUUUAUUUUGUUGAUUUUCAUAAACAAAUUUGGAUUAAGUUGCUGUGGCUAUUAGUAGAAGUUUAGUCCAGCUAAACUGUAGCCCCUUUACCUAGAAUGUUCUUAAGCAGUUAACUAUAAUUUACAGUUCACAGAUAGUUUAGUGGAUUGUUGCUCAAAGUAUUUUUAUUUAAAUCUCCUGUGGAGAAUAUUGCUUUUUAUUGUUUGGGUUUUGUUUUGUUUUUUAAGUUUAAGGUCAGUUCUAAAAAUAAACUUGGAGAUUUUAAAGACUGUUAUAUAACAUUUUAUAGUGAAAGGGGAAAUUGUUGGAAGGGUAAAGACUUUUCUUGUGUAAUUAAUCACAUGUGCCAAUAACCUAAAUACAUACUGUUUUAUACAAUGACAUCUGACUAUAGACCUUUUCUGUUGGAGUGUUUUCCCACCUGAAUGAUCAUGGCAUUUUCUGUUUUCUGUAUCUUACAAGAUAGGUGUGUGUGUGUGUGUGUGUGUGUGUGUGUGUGUGUGUGUGUGUGUGUAUUUUAAGCUUCAGCUUGUUAGUUUAAUAGGAAGUCUUUUUUUUUUAACUGAGAAUCAGUAUUGAGGUUCUUAUUUUAUAGAGAACUGCCUUUUGAAUUUUACUCAUCAGUUCAUUGCAUCCCAUAGCCAUCUGUAUGUAAAUGUCCCUGCAGUUGUAUGUUCCUAAUGCACGUUUAUCCAUUGUACAUAUCAGACAUCAUUUUUGCUUAAAUAUGUUAGGUGAGUUUUUGUAGUAAAGGAUAAUAUUUUCCUGUUUACAGUGUGUUUGUGUAUUGCUGUGUUUAACAUCAGCCUUCAGUUUAAACACUGGUAUACUUUUUUAUUUUAAGCAACUUUUCUCUUAGAAGCCUUAGACUAAUUUUUAAAUAUUCAACCAAAAAUUAUAAAUUUAUUAAGAUGUGGCCUUAUGAUAUAUCAUCCCUUGUGUUUUUAAUGUGAGAUUUAAAAAAAAAUCAGAAGAUUCAACAUUAAACUUUCAGUUGAAAUAGAAAUGUUUUUAAAUGUCUAGGCUUCUGGGAGGAAGUUCUUAAACUCUUCUUUCUUCACGUUAGAAAGAAGCAUGAAUUUCUGCAAGUAUUCAAAAUACGCAAUUGUAUACUGUUGAGAUUGAUUUAGAUUUGUCUUAACCAAUGUUUCUUAAGUUUCAGGUUGGUAUUCACUCUGAAUAUGCAGCUACUAUGUUUUGUUUCAUUUUUAUGGGACAUAUAAAACAGCUGGUUAGGUAUAGACUGAUUUUGAUGUUUCAAAAGACUUCUUGCAAUUUAAUUAAUAUUGAAACCGGGAGUCUCUUAAAAUAUUAGAAUGUAAUUGAAGUCACGCAAAUCUUGAAAUUCUACCGAGAGUUUUUUGUGUGGGCAUAUUCUAAAAGUACCACGGGUAUAAAUGUUUUACAUUUAAUUUUAAAUAAUUGGACAGACCCUGCAGUUCGUACAAAACAUUUCAUUUUGAAGAUGUGUUCUUUGUCACACUGUUACUGCGUAACAUUUCUUAGCAUUCUGUAAGUGAAAUUAUUUUAAAAUACAAUGGUGGAUUCAUGUUUAUUUUUUUACUUUGAAAAUUAUAGUACUCAGGUGGUAUUUAAUGGGCAAGGAUCCUUUGAGGGUAAAUCAUAAUGUAUUCUAAGGAAUGCAUCUAUAACAUUGAUGACUUUAGCCUUAAGAAAAAAGGUCUAUGAUUCCUUCUGCCUCUUAAUCCCAUGGUAUGUUAGCAAAGUAGUUUACAGCUUUGUACAGCCUUAUAGAGUUGUAUUACAAUUCUUUUAAAAUGGAAAGCCCUUAGCAGAAAACCAUGUAUCAUACUACCAGUACCCAUAAAUCACAGUUUGUAAAUAAUUUGUCUAGUACUAGAAGGCCAAAGAAAGUCGUAAAAGUUUAGCUGUUGACUCUGGUGACUUCACAAUAAGAUUUCUGUGCAAAAGGUAAGGCGAUACUUGAUUAGACUUUUUUUUGUGUGUGUGUGUGUGUGUGUGUGUGUUUAUGAGAACUAGACUUCCAUAUUAGCUUCUAUUAAAAAGCUCAUUCCAUUUUACUAAAAUGUUUGUAAUUGCAAUUUUUGUUUAAUGUUUACUUUUGUCUUCUCUUUCUUUAGCAUUUAGGUGAAUGUUGAGCAGUUUGCUAUAUGGCUAUUGUUGGCCUUAAACUGCACUAGUAACAAGCAUGGUAUUUAUCUUGUAUUGAAAAUAAAAUUUUUGAUACUA